GAGAGAGACUCAGAGAGAGAGAGAGAGAGAGAGAGAGAGAGAGAGACUCAGAGAGAGAGAGACUCAGAGAGAGAGAGAGAUACUCAGAGAGAGACUCAGAGAGAGAGAGAGAGAGACUCAGAGAGAGAGAGAGAGAGAGACUCAGAGAGAGAGAGAGAGAGAUACUCAGAGAGAGAGAGAGAUACUCAGAGAGAGAGAGAGAUACUCAGAGAGAGAGAGAGAUACUCAGAGAGAGAUACUCAGAGAGAGAGAGAGAGAGAGAGAGACAGAGAGAGAGAGAGAGAGAGACUCAGAGAGAGAGAGAGAGAGAUUCAGAGAGAGAGAGAGACUCAGAGAGAGAGAGACUCAGAGAGAGAGACUCAGAGAGAGAGAGACUCAGAGAGAGAGAGAGAGAGAGAGACUCAGAGAGAGAGAGAGAGAGAGAGAUACUCAGAGAGAGAGAGAGAUACUCAGAGAGAGAGAGAGAGAGACUCAGAGAGAGAGAGAGAGAGACUCAGAGAGAGAGAGAGAGAGAGAGACUCAGAGAGAGAGAGAGAGAGAGAGACUCAGAGAGAGAGAGAGACUCAGAGAGAGAGACUCAGAGAGAGAGAGAGACUCAGAGAGAGAGAGAGACUCAGAGAGAGAGAGACUCAGAGAGAGAGAGAGAGACUCAGAGAGAGAGAGAGAGAGAGAGAGAGAGACUCAGAGAGACUCAGAGAGAGACUCAGAGAGAGAGAGAGAGAGAUCAGAGAGAGAGAGAGACUCAGAGAGAGAGAGAGACUCAGAGAGAGAGAGACUCAGAGAGAGAGAGAGAGAGAGAGAGAGACUCAGAGAGAGAGACUCAGAGAGAGAGAGACUCAGAGAGAGAGACUCAGAGAGAGAGAGAGAGAGAGAGAGACUCAGAGAGAGAGAGAGACUCAGAGAGAGAGAGAGAGACUCAGAGAGAGAGAGAGACUCAGAGAGAGAGAGAGAGACUCAGAGAGAGAGAGACUCAGAGAGAGACUCAGAGAGAGAGAGAGAGAGAGA